AUGGUGGGCUUGUCAGACCAGUGGCUCCAAAAUCGACUGGCAGACACUUCAUGGCCUGAUGGAGAACGCUAUCUACCGUGGCCGCAGACGAGCGCUCUCGGAGUGGCAAGAAGAAGUGGGGACUGGCCAACUGCUGUCUAA